AUGAGAAAAAGAAAACCCUUCCAAAACCCUCAUGAGAAUCUCACAACUCACUCAUUUACUCCACAUUCCAACCCAACAAACCUCCAAUGCACAAUCAAAAAUGACAAAUUAUUCCACCCUCUACCACCGCUUAACCACCAUUAGAACCUUCUUCUCUUUCAAAACCACCACCAAAUAUCCAAAACCCACCACCACAACCUCCAUUAACAAACCUCCAAUUCUAUGGAAACCCACCGACUCACCUUCAUCUUCCACCAUCUCUCUUCAACUCCUUUCAUGGGGUAGAGGUUCAUCAGGUCAACUUGGCAACAAAACAGAACAAAUUCAUCUUUACCCAACCCCUAUUUUCUCUCUUCUUGUUCCACCAUCUUUUCAACUUUGUCAAUCACCCGGAACUAUUUCUCUCCCAAAAGUUGAAAAAUCGACGGUGGAGGUUGGAAUCUCAUGUGGGUUGUUUCAUUCUGCGGUGUUGAUUGAUGGGAAGUUUUGGGUUUGGGGAAAAGGUGAUGGUGGAAGACUUGGGUUGGGUCAUGAAGACUCAGUUUUUGUUCCAAAAUUGAAUCCUUAUAUGAUUGAUGUUAAGGCUUUGGCUCUAGGUGGGCUUCAUUCUAUUGCUCUUAACUCUUCUGGGCAAGUUUUUAGUUGGGGAUAUGGUGGGUUUGGCGCUCUUGGUCACACUGUUUUCACAAGGGAAUUAGUUCCUAGACUUGUUGAAGGGUCUUGGCAAGAGAAAAUUAAACAUAUUGCAACAAGUGGAACACAUACUGCUGCUAUCACUGAAUCAGGUGAGUUAUACACUUGGGGUCGAGAAGAAGGAGAUGGUAGAUUAGGUCUUGGUCCCGGACGUGGUCCUGACCAAACAGGUGGGCUUAGUGUCCCGUGUAAAGUAAAAGCUUUGCCUGUUCCUGUAGCCUCUGUGGCCUGCGGAGGUUUUUUCACAAUGGUGCUCACAGAGGAAGGGAAGCUCUGGACUUGGGGAGCCAAUUCUAACCACGAGCUUGGAACGGGUGAUAAAGUGGGUGGCUGGAAACCACGACUGAUAUCUAGCCUUGAAGAUGUGCGUUUGGUUCAAAUAGCUUGCGGUGGAUAUCAUUCUCUCGCUCUAACCGAGGAUGGCAAGGUGCUUUCGUGGGGACAUGGUGGACAUGGUCAGUUGGGUCAUUAUUCUAAUCAAAAUCAAAAGGUGCCGACAGUAAUUGAGGCUCUGGCCGAUGAGCGUGUCAUCUCAAUCGCCUGUGGUGGUUCAUCUUCAGCAGCCAUAACAGAGACGGGGAAGUUGUACAUGUGGGGAAAUGCAAAAGACUCUCAAUUAGGUGUUCCUGGCUUGCCGGAGAUAAACCCGUCUCCUGUUGAAGUGAAUUUUCUAAGGGAAGACGAUGGCUUGGGGUCACAUCAUGUUCUUUCCGUUGCAAUCGGUGCUACGCAUACCAUGUGCUUAGUUUCAAGGUCAAGCUCCACGGAAUGAUUUACAAACUCCGGUGGAUAUUCAAUUAUUAUGACGAAAAAUCGAAAAAUCACAAAUAUUUUGAGCUUUAAGUAAUGAUUUACAAACAGCAACUACUUGUUUUCUGGUGUUGUACUGUGAAUAGUAACUUCUGGAGUGUUUUGAGCUUUGAGUAAUCAAUCCCACAGGAUGACACUAUUGUUCUUUUUGCCCAGAAAGUUUCUAUAAGACCAUAACAAUACAAAAUGCUACUUCCUCCGUUUCCUGUUGUUUCUACAAGGAAUAUUCUAUUUAAGAAGGGAGAAACUUGUACAUGAUUUUUUAUUGAUAUCUACAGAUUAAAAUA